AUGGAUAUCAAUGAAAGUAAUGAGGAAGCGGCGGGCGCAAGCUCACUGAAUGAUGCCGGCGAUAAGCAUACUUACGAAGUGCUGGGUCAUGACACAUUUAACUGUGCGGAAUUAGAAUUUAUCGAAGGCUUGCAUCCUUCGCUUGCGCAGCGUGUCAAGCAACAUCUCAAGCGAUGGUAUCCGGUGCAAACAGCAACACUGCCUCAUCUUAUUGCCGCUACUAAUGCUUGUACGGUACUACCGCCAAGAGACCUGGUAAUAAGUGCGCCAACAGGGAGCGGUAAAACGCUUUGUUAUGUGAUACCAAUCCUUAAUGCUUUACGUUCGCAAACAAGCGGCUCGCUUUUUGCAUUGGUUGUUGCUCCAGUACAAAAUCUCGUCGAUCAAAUUGAAAAGGUUUUACUUUUUUCUGUCAAAUAG